GUUAUGAAGCUGAGCUGAGUGCCCAGGAGAAUUGUGUCAAGCCAGUGAGCCCCCAGACUUUCUCCCCUCCCGAGCAGAGGGUUCGCUACAAUGAGACCUGUACGUUAGAGUCCUUAGUCUGUUCUCCUGUUGUCACCUGCCUGCAUGUCCACCGUCCAUCGAGAUGCCCGACAAGCGGCUGGAUCCGAACCAGCCGGUGCUCUACAUCGAGCACUGUAGCCAUCGUGAAACGUAUCGGAAACGCGCAUUGCAUCUCCAUUCUACGCUGGCGGAGGCUUUGAGGACCAUCCACCCGAGGGUCAAUCUACAGCUGAGGAUCAACGACAGGGGUCCACCGCAGGCUGGAUCCUUUGAGGUAGCCGUGGCACCCAAUCCCACCCAGGAUACUGGGGGUCGUCAUAGGGUAUGGACGGGACUGAAGCGGAUGCCAAGCUCAUCGAAGAUUCCGCAUGUGGACGACAUACUCACCCCAGUUUGCUUUGCCCUCAAGCUCCGGGAUCCACACAAGGAGUCGCAUCGCAGAGUCCUCUCUAAUCUGAGGCAUAACGAAGGCAGAGACGAUGGGAAGUUUUAGGGAAGAGCUCUGGGAAAUCUAUAUUUCAAAUUUAAGUGUCAUAAAAUAAAAAUACUUGGAAAAAAUAU